CCGGAACCUCCGCCACACUCUCACUCGGCUGCGGCUUGUGAUCUUCCUGGACUCGUACUAGUGACAGCUUGGAAACAGAUCAACAGAAACAGGCAAGACGAUACCACGAUUGACGAAAAACAAAUUGGCAUACCAGCGUUGAGAUUAUUCACCUCGUUUCAAUCGUUUAAUUUUUGAUCGUGACACGUAUCACGUAUCAGACGAAGCUCCAACAAUACCGAAUUGCACCUCUGCAUAACUCUACAGCUGCUGAAUAACGACACAUCUCCAGAAAUACCGUCGCAAUGGCACAAUACUUCCUCGACAUCAUCUACACCCUCACCAAUUGCAUGAGUUGUUUUCCAGGCUCGCCAAAUCUAAAGAUCAACAAUCGGAGCUUCAAGAUACUGCGAUUGUUAGGAGAGGUACGUACACAAAGCAUUCAUCCAUUGAGCGAUGGGCGCAUUUGCUGACAAUUCCCCAGGGUGGAUUCUCAUACGUAUAUCUGGUCCAGGAUACCAGCAACGAAGCUCUAUACGCCCUCAAGAAGAUACGAUGUCCAUUCGGCCAAGAAUCUGUUGCGCUGGCGAUGAAGGAGGUGGAGGCAUAUGCGCUUUUCUCGCCGCAUCCGAAUAUCAUUCGUAGUAUUGAUUAUUCCGUGUCGGCCGAUCGAUCGGAUCCGACAGCAAAAACCGUGUACAUUCUACUUCCAUACUACAGACGAGGCAAUCUACAGGAUAUCAUAAAUGCAAACCUGGUGAACCACACGAGAUUUCAGGAAAGGAGGUUAAUGGUGCUGUUUUUGGGUGUUUGCAAAGCUUUGAAAGCAAUGCAUAAUUACAAAGUCGGUGGUCCACCUGGAGGUGUCAAUAGCCAGAAAAAGGCAAAGCGAGUGAGAGGGGCAGCUGCGGUUGCAGAUCAAGAAUUGGCAGACGAGGCAGAGGCGAGAAGGGGCAGACAAGCCGGCAGAGAAGUGGAUGAUGAUAGUGAGCAGCAGGAACCUUUAAUGGAAUCCGAGGUUUCAACGGCGCAGGAGGGUAUUGCGCCGGGUGGGAUACGGUCUUAUGCGCAUCGCGACAUUAAGCCAGGUGAGAUCAAGGCCUAGACUUAUCAAGCAUCAACCAAAGCUAACAAUUGCAGGAAAUAUUAUGAUUGACGAUGAUGGCGAACAGCCGAUUCUCAUGGAUUUGGGCUCUUUAGCUCCAGCUCCUACUCCGAUUACCUCUAGAUCCCAAGCACUGGCAGUGCAAGAUCAAGCAGCUGAACAUUCCACAAUGCCGUAUCGUGCUCCCGAGCUAUUCGACGUAAAGACUGGAAGCGUAAUUGAUACCAAGGUGGAUAUUUGGUCAUUGGGCUGUACACUCUAUGCCUGUCUGGUUGGAAAAUCUCCGUUCGAAAUGCGAAGCGACGAAACAGGUGGAAGCUUGAGCCUUUGCGUUCUUGGCGGAGAUUGGAGAUUUCCAGACGAAGGAGCAGGAGGCAAGAAAAAGGCAACAAACCAGCCAGGUCAGACUGAUGACAGUGAAAUCAGUGAAGGGAUUAGGGAAGUGGUGAGAAAAUGUUUGAAGAUCGAACCGGCAGAACGGCCGGAUGUGGAUGAACUGAUUGUAAUAUGUGAGGACGUAAUUGCUCAGUUACCACAGGAUGGGCAUUCGUAGGUCGGUUGGCCUCGUGUAAAACC